AUGGAGUCGGUGAUUAUGGAAAUGCUGAAAGAUGGACAGCCAGACCUCCCUUUUAUGCUCAUUUGGGCAAACGAAGCCUGGACAAGGCAUUGGACAGGAGAGACAGGCGAAGUACUUCAGUCGCAGAGCUACGGGAAUGAGACAUGCUGGCGGUUGCAUUUUCAGUGGCUUCUACCCCUUUUCAAGCACCCUAACUACAUAAAGGUCAAUAAUAAGCCGGCCUUUGGAAUCUACAUCAUCCCCCUUAUUAAGGAACUGAAGCCAAUGCUGAAGUUGUGGCGAUCGCUUGCCAAAGAGGAAGGUCCACGCACGGCUGCCUUUCAGCCGAAGCUCAAGCCACGAGCUAGGAAGGGAGGAGCUGGCGGAGGGGCAGGUGCUGAAGCAGCUGCGCCCACAGGACAAUCUGGCCCAGCAGCCGGUCCAUCGGGAGGGCGCACUGCUCCAGCGGGAAAUGUAGCGGGAGUUGCGCAGGCGGUAGCGCCUACAGCCGCUGCAGCUGCUACUGUCCUGUCGGGACGAACAUCAGCACCAGCGCAACGCCCCCUUCCCGACGCUCCGACUUCCGCGCCACAACUACCUUUCCGGUCUGCAGCGCCAGAAGCUCUUGGCCGGGGCUCUCCUGCACCAUCCCCUUCGGCAGCAGUAAUUGCCAGGGGGACUCAUCAAGCAGAGGGGUUAGGUUCGGUUCAAGGGGGUUUUGACGCACCUUCCAGAACUGCCACUGCUGCCCCUUCCCCCGCCGCCACAGCAGCCACCGGUGCAAGAGCGUCAUCAGCAUCUGUCCCUGCUGCAGCUCCCACCCCUCCCUCCUCCCAUGCUCCUACUCUGCCCUCUCCCCACGCGUCCGCUCGUACCCCUCCGCGUGCUCCUGCGCCUGGCUCCCUAGAAAACGGUCCUCAUAGAAAUGCCGCGCCUGCAUCCCAUGCUGCAGCUGCUGGUGCUACUCCUGGCACUGCCGUGGGAGCAGCAGAUGCAGUGGUGCGAGGGAUUGGGAGAGGGAGGGAGAAGGAGAAAGGGACCUCUGGGGGUGAUAAGAUCCGAGGCGUGAUUGGGUCGGGAACCAAGGGAGUGUUCUUCCCACACUCAUUCCGGAAAGGAAAAAGGCGCUCACAGGUGACUCCGGAGCUGCUGGCAGCAGAAGACCUGUCAGGCUUUACCAUCCAGCAGAUCAUUCAGCGAUCCGAAGUGCUCGACCGAGAGGCGAGUCUCACGGUGGAUGCACAGGGAGGGAGGGACGAUGCGAUGGAGGGGUACAAGCGGGUGGAGGAGAGCAGUGCACGGCUCAACUAUGGGACGCAUAUGAAGAGGGAGAAGAGCGACCGAUGGAGCGUGGAGGAGACGACUCUGUGGUACCAGGCGCUGCAGCAGUUUGGAACGGACUUUGAGAUGCUGCAGGCACUCUUCCCUAAGCGCUCUCGGAGGCAGAUGAAGGCCAAGUUCAAGCGGGAGGAGAUGCUGCACCCACACCUCGUCACACACGCGCUCACACACCGAUGCACAGCUGGGGCGGAUGGAACAGGGGGGUAUGGGGUUGUGACACAAGAGAGCGUUGCAGUGACUCAAGCAGAAGGUGACUAUGGCGAGGCAGAGUAUGGGGAGGGGGAGGAGGAUAUGGGAGGGACGAUAGGGUAUGAAGACCCGUUUGCAGCGUAUGGAGAUGGGGAAGUGGAGGAGGAGGAUCCAUUGGGUGGGUAUGGCUGA